ACAUUGGAGAAGCAGUAGGAACAAGACACGGUACCGGCACAUGGAUCUUUCAGGAAAAGGAAGUAGGUAAUAAACAGGAAAAAGCCCGAGUCUGAUGCUGAGAAGAACAUAAACAGGAUGCUGAGAGAUGGGGUCUCUCCACAUUGUCCAGUCUGCUCUCCAACUCCUGAGUUAAAGUGAUCCACCUCCCUUGGCCUCCCAAAGUACUGGGAUUACAGGCGUAAGCCACUGGGCCUGGCUGAGAAGAUGGAUUUAAGACAUGUUUCGGAGGAGAUGGACAAGCCGUGUGUGUGGGUGCCCUCAAGGUGCAUGCAACCAUGGAACGGAAGACUAGAGGAACCCAGGGUGGCCAACUGUGGGCCCAGUCCCUCUGGUACAAGCCAUGAGCCAGCUGAGCCUGAGUGCAAAGAUGCAGAGAAGGCCGACCGGAGUCAUGAGGACAUCAACACCCAUAACCUGGGGGCAACUCAAGAAUACCACGCAGGAAGCUGAGAAACUACUGGAGCAUCAAGGCCAGGCAAAAACCCCUGAUUCCAUGUUCUUGGCCAUGUUAGCCAUAAUGUCCUGUGCGGUAUGUUUACCUUGUGCAGAGGCAAAAACAUAUUGGGCAUAUGUUCCCAAUCUCCCAGUAGUGCAACCUAUACUUUGGAGUGACACUCCUCCUGAGAUUUAUCAUGAUCAGGGAUUGUGGGCUCCAGGACCCCAACUCCCCCGACAUAGAACAGUUAGGCUCUCAGAACAACGUCAUUAAUUAUAGCGCCCCACUAGAAGGACUCCCUUUGUGUAUCACUACAAAGACGUUGCUCAACCAUAGCUGUCUUAUAAUUCAAGCUCAAGAAAGGUUGAGUCAUUAUGGAAAAGUCAUGUACCUAUUAAGUCUUGGUUCUAUUAAUGUAACUGGUGUGCUAACCAACCAUUCCCAGCCCAAUCGCCCUAAUUGUGCUGAAUAUAUGGAAUGGAUUUCCUUUGAUAGUUCCUACCCAUCUCCAUGGACCCAGUAUCUUGGCCCACUGGCUAGAAAACAAUCUGUGGUAAGUGGAGACAUUGUGGAUUGGGGACCUAAAGGUCAACUAUAUGGAAAACAUGAAAAUCAGAAAUCAUGGCACAAACUUCGCUGGCAUGGGUGGCAAGCUUUUAAUGCUUCUUUAUACCGCACCGGGAUCCAAUCCCAGUCUGCCACCCAGAUUGCUUGGCAUGGAGCAGGCUUUAGCCCACCUCUUCCUCAGCGGCAUUAUCUAGGGAGGAAAGGACCAAUCCAAGAGACAUUAUGGAAGGCAGCACUCCCAUUUAUGAAUGGCAGCAUCUGGGAUGGGAUACUAUCCAAUAAUAGCAAUAGUAAGCAACACAGUCUUAAUGUUACGUUUGUAAAGAAUAUCACCACUCGAUUUAUAGUUUGUGUUUUUAAUCCUUAUGUCUUUUUGGCAGCUAAGAAGGACCAGCUCCAGGUAAACAAUACCCAGUUGACCUGUAAAUCCUGCCAGUUAUAUCACUGCAUUAAUCAUAGCACACUGCACACACAUAAUAUCUCUACUUUGAUUAUUUCGGGUUGCAUCCCUGGGCUAUGGAUUCCUGUUAAUCUGUCUGAGCCUUGGGCUACCACCCCUGCUUUGUACUUCAUGAAACAACUUUUAACUCAUCUUACUCAUUGUGUCCAUAAAGCCUUAGGCAUCAUAAUUUUUGCUAUUGUUUCCUUGGUCACAUUAAUAACUUCUGUUGUGAUGUCCUCUGUAACUUUGCAUAGUUCUAUUCAAACAACUCAGUACGUGGAAAACUGGAUGCUUACAGCCAACCAAGUGUGGCUGUUUCACAAUAAAAUUAACACUGAGUUACAAACUGAAGUGGCAAUGUUGAAAUCCAUGGUUCUAUGGUUAGAAGAACAAGUACAAAGCUUGCAAUUGCAACAGCAAUUGCACCAUCAUUUUAAUCACACUCAUAUUUGUGUAACCAACUUAGAAUAUAACCAAAGUGAGUAUCCGUGGAACCUCGUGAAAGCCCAUUUGCAGGGAGCUUGCACAUCCAACAUCACCUUUGAUAUUGGUCAAUUACCAAACAAAAUUCUUGAUUUAAAUAAACAAACUCAAGAGUUUCAGCCUUCUUUAGAAGACUGAACCUAAUUCCAGCAAGGCCUGGAGAGCCUCAACCCUUGGACCUGUCUAAAGCACCUCAUUAACAUCUUAUAUGUAGUCCUUGCAAUAAUGUUGUUUUUUUCUCUGUCUUCUGUUCAGUCUGUAAAACUGGAUGGACCGCCAAUCAGAAAAUGUGAGCUGCCCAGCCUGGCCUUACAUUCUUUCAAUUAAUUCAUAAACAGAAAGGGGGAAAUGUAGAGAGCCGAAGGCCCAUGGGUCGUGACCAACUCAGCAUUCCACUGAGGCUAUAUGAUCAAACAGCAAACUGUUUAUCAUGAAUGCAGAAUGUGGGCAAACUCACUUCUGCUUUAGCCGCCAGAAGGUUUGCUGAGGGCAAUCACACCCUGGCGCUGUGCACCUUGAGGUUAUCUACUGGGACAUCUAGAGCCUACUGUUCAAAGAAUGCAGUCUUGCGAGCCUGCUGUGACUCAGGCUGCUGACCAACAACCACCCUCUCUUCUUCCCUAUCCCCUUUACCCAAUAAAUACAAAGGGCUCUAAAGCUCGGGGCCCUUGAUCACUAGAAGCAAGGAGCUCCCUGGCCCCUUCUUCCAAAUAUACUCUUUGGUCUUUAUCUUUAUUCCUGCGUUCGUCCCCCUUUGUUCAGUCCAACAGAGAUUAGGUCCACCUCACCUUUUAAACAACCAGCUCUUGCGUGAACCCAUUACCAUGGGGGAGGACACCAAGCCAUUCAUGAGGGAUCCACCCCCAUGAUCCUAACACCUCACACCUUGCCCCACCUCCAACACUGAAUAUUACAUUUUAACAUGAGAUUUUGAGGGGAUGCAUAUCCAAACUUUAUCAGAGAGGUGACUUCAAAUGUUCAGGUGCAUGACAUUUUGAUAUAGCUUUAAAAAUAAGCUAUUAGGUCUGUGCACAGUGUCUCAUGCCUGUAAUCCUAGCACUUGAGAGGCCAAGCCAGCAGGAUGACUUGAGGCCAGGAGUUCGAGAUCAGCCUGAGCAACAUAGCAAGACCCCAUCUCUCUCUCUCUCAAGAAAAAGAAAGAAAAAAAUACAUAUGCAUGGUAGUGCUCGCCUAUAAUCCCAGCUACUCAGGAGGCUGAGUUGGGAGGAUCGCUUGAGACCAGAAGGUCAAGACCAGCCUAAACAACACAGUGAGAUCCCAUCUCUACAAAAAAUAAGCCAUUAGACUCUCAGUUUAUUAUUAUUAUUAUUAUUGCCAGGUAUCCUCACUGUUACUCCUGGCAUGGAAGAUAUAGUAGGAGUCAUAGAUGGCUGUAGGUCAGGUGCUGUCUCACAGGUAAACCACGUAUCACCAGGCAUCACAUCUAUGCUCUCACUCUAGUGUAUGUAUAUUGUAACCCCUUCUAUGUACCAAAGCAGGAGGAUCACUUCAAGCCAGAGCUGAAGACCAGCCUGAGCUACAUAUUGAAACCCUGACUCUCCAAAAAUAAUUAGCUGAGUGUGCUUGUAGUACCAGCUAUUUGGGAGGCUGAGGCAGAAGAAUCACCUGAGCCUAGGAGGUAGAGGCUACAG